CCUGGGGGGUCACGUGAGGACACUGGUGCCCUGCAGUCCCUUAGGGUCAACGGAGUCCAAUCUGGGGGCGUGGCCAACACUAACCCCGCCCACCCCCCAACCACGCCCCCAUCGGCCGCCGUGUGACGUCACCGCCGUGCGCCGCGCGGUGACGCAAUCACGCGCGCCCUGAGGAGCAGUCAUGGCGGACGCGCCGCCGCAGAAGAGGUUUUACCGGCAGAGAGCUCAUGCGAACCCGUUGGCGGACAGAGGACUGAGCGUCCCCCCCCGCCCGCAGGACAUGGACUGGGCCUCGCUGUUCCCGGACUUCUUCCCUGCGGAUCCCCCCCCGGGAUACAGCCCCCCCAGUGUGGAGACCCUGGAUGUGGGAUGCGGAUACGGGGGGCUGCUGGUGCUGCUGUCGGCUCUGUUCCCACAGGAUCUGGCUCUGGGGCUGGAGCUCAGGCCUCGGGUUGCAGCGUUCACAGCCCAGAGGAUCCGGUCACUGAGGGCUCAGGAGCCCUCGAGGUGCCAGAACGUGGCCUGUGUGCGCGGGAACGCCAUGAGGAACCUGCCACACUUCUUCCGGAGGGCUCAGCUCCGCCGCCUGUUCUUCCUGUUCCCUGACCCUCACUUCAAGCGCACGAAGCACAAGUGGAGAAUCAUCAGCCCAGCUCUGCUGGCUGAGUAUGGAUACGUGCUGCGGCCGGGGGGACUGGUGUACACGGUGACGGAUGUGCCUGAGCUGCACCAGUGGAUGGUGAAACACUUCAGGGAGCAUCCACUGUUCGAGGAGGUGGCACUGGGGCAACUGGCCUCGGACCCUCUGCUGUCCCUGUUGGGCACCGUGACCGAGGAGGGGGUCAGGGCACAGAGGGGGGGGCGAACCCCCCUCCCUGCAGUGUUCCGGCGCCUCCCGGACCCCCCCGGGGCCUGAGACCCCCAUUAAACCCAAUGGUGUC